AUGGAGAACACUCGGGUGUUUGUCAGUGGGCUUCCGCCUUCUUGCUCGAAUGACCAGCUUCGCAAUCAUUUUGCACGCCGUUUCACUGUGACAGAUGCUCAUGUACUGCCUAGAAGGCAGAUGGGCUUUGUUGGGUUCAAAAGCCAUGAAGUGGCCCUGGAAGCUGUCAAGUACUUCAACAGGACAUAUAUGAAGAUGUCUAAGAUCUUGGUAGAUCUUGCUCGACCGAUUGAUUCUAAGCCCACAGAGAAAGCUCAUCCUACACGGAAGCAUGAUGCUGCCGACGACGCGUCCUCGGACAAUGCUCUCAAGCGUAAAAGAGACGCCGACUCCAAGCCAGAAGACCCCAAGCUGCAGGAGUAUCUUGCUUUGAUGCAGACCUCCAAGACCCGAACUUGGGCAAAUGAUGAUAGCACGGCCAUGGCAAUGGCUUCUCAGCAGGCUGCAACUCCAAUUAACACAUCAGUUCAGAAUAACAGUUCAACUGAGGAACUUCCCUCCCAUCCGAAAAAGGUCCGGGUACAGGAACCUGCAGCUGGUGGUGACGCCGAGAAACCCCAGGUUAUGGAGGUGGACAGAUCCGAUGAGGACGAGGAGGAAGACACACAGGCACAAGAGGAUACAGAGGCAACACAGGAUGAAGCAGGCCCAGUAUCCGACUCCGACUGGCUUCGGUCGAAGACAAGUCGUCUCCUUGGUCUCUUGGAUGAAGAUGAACAGGCUGAAUUCGACCAACAAAAAGCUGCUGCACCAGCCGAGUCUCAAAGUCCUGACGUCGAGGAAUCUCGCACUGCUGCCUUUGAUGAUACCAUUCCUCAAUUUGAGACUGACGUUGCUGCUGUUGAGGAUGAGGAUGAGGAUGCAGUCGAGACAACCCCCGAGCGACCAGACCCGAAUGUUGAUCUCAUUCGUGGUUCUGCCCGCUUGUUCCUCAGGAAUCUCGCCUACGACACCACCGAUGCUGAUCUCCAGCCUCUUUUUACUCCCUUUGGAAAACUCGACGAGAUACAUGUGGCCUUUGAUACUCGAACUGAGACUAGCAAAGGCUUCGCUUACGUUCAGUAUGCGAAUGCGGAUGCGGCCGUCGAUGCCUACCGAGCUCUCGAUGGAAAGCAUUUCCAGGGUCGACUCCUGCACGUCCUUCCAGCUGCCGCUAAGAAGACGUACAAGAUUGACGAGGUUGAGCUAUCGAAGCUUCCCUUGAAGAAGCAGAAGCAAAUCAAACGCAAAUUGGGUGCUACCUCAUCGUCUUUCAGCUGGAAUUCUCUCUACAUGAAUGCCGAUGCCGUCAUGUCCUCAGUGGCCGAUAGACUGGGCGUGAGCAAGGCAGAACUGCUAGACCCCACGUCUUCAGACGCCGCUGUGAAGCAAGCACAUGCUGAAACGCAUGUCAUUCAAGAAACCAAGGCCUACUUUGCAUCUAAUGGAGUGAAUAUUGAAGCUUUCAAGGGCCGCGAACGUGGAAACACUGCAAUUCUGGUGAAGAAUUUCUCCUUCGGCGUAAAGUCCGCCGAACUCAGGAGUCUUUUUGAGCCGUACGGCCAGAUCCUCCGGCUUCUGAUGCCGCCUAGUGGCACCAUCGCCAUUGUAGAGUUUGCCAGGCCAGAUCAGGCACAAGCUGCAUUCAAGGGUCUCGCUUAUCGCAAGAUUGGCGAUUCCAUCCUCUUUUUGGAAAAGGCCCCCAAGAACUUGUUUGAUGGCACGGCAACUACGACGGCUCUUCCGGAGACUCAAGCCAAGUCUCAAGGAUUCUCUACGUCUGACACUUUCGCGGCAGAUGAACCUGAGACUGGCAUGACUUCGACCCUGUUCAUCAAGAAUUUGAACUUCAUUACCACAAACGAGAAGUUCUUGGAGGUUUUCCGUCCAUUGGAUGGAUUUGUCACCGGACGGAUCAAGACCAAGCCCGACCCCAAGCGUCCUGGACAAACCCUCAGCAUGGGCUUUGGUUUUGCGGAGUUCAAGACCAAGGCCCAGGCCCAGGCGGCUCUUGCAGCCAUGAAUGGUUACAAGCUCGAUCAGCACGAGCUUGUCAUUCGCGCCUCUCACAAGGGCAUGGAUGCUGCGGAGGAGCGGAGACGGGAGGACACGGCCAAGAAAAUCGCGGCCAGGCGGACUAAGAUCAUCAUCAAGAACUUGCCGUUCCAGGUUACCAAAAAGGACAUCCGGUCCUUGUUUGGGGCCUACGGGCAGCUCCGCUCCGUGCGUGUGCCUCAAAAGUUCGAUCGGUCAGCUCGCGGGUUUGGUUUUGCGGACUUUAUCAGUGCUCGCGAGGCCGAGAAUGCCAUCGACGCGUUGAAAAACACGCAUCUCCUGGGUCGCCGCCUGGUGCUGGAAUUCGCCAACGAGGAGGCUGUCGAUCCCGAGGAGGAGAUCGCAAAGAUAGAAAAGAAGGUAGGAGAGCAGGUGGACAGGGUCAAGCUUCAGCAGCUUACGGGCGGAGGGCGGAAGAAAUUCACUGUAGGGGGAGGAGAGGAGGACGAAUCGUGA